AGAAAGAAAGAAAGCGAAAGAAAGAAAGAAAGAAAGAAAGAAAGAAAGCGAAAGAAAGAAAGAAAGAAAGAAAGAAAGAAAGAAAGAAAGAAAGAAAGAAAGAAAGAAAGAAAGAAAGAAAGAAAGAAAGAAAGAAAGAAAGAAAGAAAGAAAGAAAGAAAGAAAGAAAGAAAGAAAGAAAGAAAGAAAGAAAGAAAGAAAGAAAGAAAGAAAGAAAGAAAGAAAGAAAGAAAGAAAGAAAGAAAGAAAGAAAGAAAGAAAGAAAGAAAGAAAGAAAGAAAGAAAGAAAGAAAGAAAGAAAGAAAGAAAGAAAGA